CUUCCGUUACCCAACUCCGUCUCCUCUCUCUCUUUCUUUGACUCUUCUUCCACUGUAGAUACACUAACCGCUUCCUCCUUUUCUCUUCCAUUUUCUCCCACUUUCUCUCAUUUUCUCAGCAAUCAAACAAACAAAAUCUCUGAUGGAAACGACGAUAGAAACAGAAGGAGGGGAAGAAAACGCGUGGGAAGAAGUAAUACGGAGGAUGUUACCAGCAGGAGCACCAUUACCAGACGAAGAUCAUCUCGAUUACUCAAUCGCCAUCGAAUACGAAGGCCCUCCAGUUCCUUACGAAGUCCCUCGCGUCGAUCCGUUAAAUCUCAAUUCAUUAUCGAUUCGUACUUCCUCUCUCGCUUCUACCGAAGAAUCGAAAUCAAGACCAAGCAUUCCUGUCGCCUCUCCAGUUUCAAGAUUCACCAGAUUUAGCAACCACAACGGAAACGCUAGAAGAUUUUAUCCAGAGAGAGUAGAAGUAGAGGAAGGAAAUUAUGAAGAGGAAAAUGAUAGGAGGAGUGAAGGAGGAAGGCGAGGGAAUGUUGUUACGUUUAAUACGCCGAAAGAUUCGGAGACUGAGGAAGGAGAAGAUGAGGAGGAUGGCUAUUCCUCCACGCAAUCUGAUUUGACAACGACAAGGAGGGAAGAGAGUAAAGGAGUGAAGAGGAAGGGUGGAGUUUGUAGUAGGUGUGGUAAGAAGAAUAGAUUGAAGGAGAGGGAAACGUGUUUGGCUUGUGAGAAGAGGUACUGUAGCAAUUGUUUGUUGAAAGCCAUGGGAUCAAUGCCAGAAGGGAGGAAAUGUGUGAGUUGUAUUGGAAAACCAAUUGAGGAAUCGAAGAGGUCGAGUUUAGGCAAAUGUUCGAGGAUUUUGGCGAGGGUUUGUAGUCCUUUGGAGGUUAGACAGAUAAUGAAGGCGGAGAAGGAGUGUGCUGCUAAUCAGUUGAGGCCGGAGCAGUUGAUUGUGAAUGGGAGGCAGUUGAGACAAGAGGAAUUGGCUGAGGUUUUGGGGUGUGCGUUGCCGCCGCAGAAGUUGAAGCCUGGAAAGUAUUGGUAUGAUAAGGAUUCGGGGCUUUGGGGGAAGGAGGGAGAGAAACCGGAUAGGAUUAUCAGUUCCAAAUUGAAUGUUGGUGGUAAGCUUCGGCCGGAUGCUAGUAAUGGAAAUACGAAGGUUUAUAUUAAUGGCCGUGAAAUUACCACGAUUGAGCUCAGAAUGUUGAAGCUUGCAAACGUACAGUGCCCAAGGGAUACUCAUUUCUGGGUGUAUGAUGAUGGAUCUUAUGAGGAAGAAGGCCAGAAUAACAUAAAGGGAAACAUAUGGGGAAAGGCAUCUACUCGAUUCAUCUGUUCAAUAUUUUCAUUGCCUGUGCCACCUGGAAAUCCUAACAGGCCAAAAGAAGAUCCAACUACAUUUUCAGGAAGGUCUAUGCCUGAGUAUUUGGAACAAGGAAGGAUCCAGAAACUUCUGUUAUUUGGGCUGGAAGGAUCUGGAACGAGUACCAUUUUCAAGCAGGGCAAGUUCUUAUAUGGGAAUAAGUUCACUCCUAACGAGUUGCAGGACAUCAAACUCAUGAUUCAAAGCAAUAUGUACAGAUAUCUUAGCAUAUUGCUUGAAGGACGAGAGAGGUUUGAAGAGGAGGCUUUGUUGGAGAAGAGUACUGCUACAAUCAAUUCUGAAGAAUGCGCUUCAGGUAAAAGAGAAGUUGAACCAGGAGAGAGCUGCAUCUACUCGAUUAAUCAACGCUGCAAGCAUUUUUCUGACUGGUUACUGGAUAUCAUGGCUACGGGAGACUUGGAUGCAUUUUUUCCUGCUGCAACACGUGAGUAUGCUCCUAUUGUGGAUGAGAUCUGGAAGGACCGUGCUAUUCAGGAAACUUACAAGAGAAGGGAGGAAUUGCAUCAUCUUCUCGAUGUUGCCAAAUAUUUCUUAGACCGGGCCAUUGAGAUAUCGAGCAAUGAGUACGAACCUUCAGAGAAGGACAUUUUAUAUGCUGAAGGAGUCACACAGAAUAACAGUCUUGCAUUUAUGGAUUUUUCAUUUGAUGAUAGAAGCCCUAUGUCUGAGAUAUACAAUGAAAACAUUGACUAUCCACCUCCCUUGACCAAGUACCAACUAAUUCGCAUAAAUUCAAAGGGAUUGCGUGAUGGUUGCAAGUGGCUGGAAAUGUUUGAAGAUGUGAGGGCAAUUAUCUUCUGUGUUGCAUUAAGCGACUACGACCAGAUGUGGGCCCAUGGUGCGGGUCCUCUUUGUAACAAAAUGAUUGCUAGCAGAGACAUGUUUGAGAGCCUGGUUAGGCAUCCUUGUUUCAGGGACACCCCUUUUGUGCUUUUGCUAAACAAGUAUGAUGCAUUCGAGGACAAGAUCAGCCAGGUCCCUCUGUCUACCUGUGAGUGGUUUGAGGACUUCAGCCCUUUGAGGCCCCAUCUUAAGAGUCAAUCCCUGGCUCAGCAAGCUUACUAUUAUGUGGCAGUGAAAUUCAAGGAGUUAUAUUCCUCAAUUAGUGGCCAAAAGUUGUUUGUAACGCAGACCAGAGCUAGGGAACGUGCUUCAGUGGACGAAGCAUUCAAGUACAUAAGGGAGGUCCUCAAAUGGGAUGAAGAAAAGAAUGAUAACAUGUAUGGAAUCCCUGGGGAUGACUCGUUUUAUAGCACGGAAAUGAGCUCUUCUCCAUUUAUCAGACAGGAAUAAGCCAACUGUGUUUGAAUCAGGAUAUCAACGAGGUGAAUUUGACAUUGCAGUGUGAUGUUUUUGGUUUGGAUCAGGGUUGAUUGAUUCGUAAGCAACCACAAUCUGAUUUGGGGAGCUGAUAAUUGUUUUUUUAUUAUUUUUUUUUUGGGGGAGGGGGAUUUAUCCCAUUUGUAUAUAGUUUCCGAAUAAAACCAGUUUUGUGAAAAAUGUGACUGUUUUUGGCAUUCUAUGGGAGCUGGGCAGU